UAGGCGCUAUCUGCCAACACUGAUAUGUAGCGUUCUCCGGAACGACCCGGGGCGUUCUCGCGCAUCGUACUUUAGGCUCGCAUUUCCAAAGUUGGUUCUUUAUUCUAUGGCAUUUCAUCAUGAACACUAGCACUAGUAAAAGCGCGCGCUUCUCUUCGCGUUCUCGAAUGAAGAAAACUGCGGUCUUUGCAUGUCAGUACUGUGAGCAGCGGUGCGCGUCGAAGCGCAAUGUGCAGAGGCACAUACAAAAUGUGCACAAGAUCCCCAUUUCGCAGCAGAAGUUGCCGAGGUAUGAGUGCGACGAGUGUCAAGGAGUGUUCUACACUAUAGGCGAACUCAGGUCGCACCAUGUUAACGAGCAUCAUUUCCAGCCGACGUACGAGCAGCAUCACUUUCCGACAAUGGCAGCCUUCAAGUCGUGGAAGGAAAAGGUGGAGAGGGACACUCGCAGUCGCUUCGCUCAUACAACAGGUGCAAAGAAGAAUUCAAUUGGAACGAAGAUUUCAUACUUCACCUGCCACCGAUCUGGAAGUUACGCUUCACAAGCCGUAGGAAACCGGAAGAGGAAGCGGGCUGGAAGCAUCAAAUGUGGAAAGAUAUGUUUUGCAACAAUGACUGUUGCUGAAGCCAAGACAGGAGUUAGUGUGACGUUCCAACGCAAGCACAGGGGCCAUGACUUUGACUUGUGCCAUGUUUUUCUGUCCAAGUCGGAGAGAGGUGCUCUUGCUGCCAAGCUUCGAGAGGGCGUACCCAUGAAGGCAAUACUGGAGGAUGCACGAAGCAACGUGGAUGAGACAUCCCAUCGCAUGAGCCGGAUAACCAGGCAGGACCUCCACAGCAUUAUGAGGGACGCCAGAAAUGCUGAGCGCCUGGACGCCAAGGACUAUGUCAGCGUGCAGCUCUGGGUCGAGAGGAUGCACGGGGAAAGGGACAACCCAGUGCUCUUCUUCAAACAUCAAGGACAGCCCGACAAGAGUGACAUUCUUGACAGAAGCAGUGAGGAGCUCUUGGAAGACAGAGACUUCAUGUUGGUUAUCAUGACCCUGCCGCAGCAGGAGCUUUUCAGUAUGGUCGGAGCCGAUCGUGUGUGUGUUGACGGAACACAUGGAAGAGCGGCAGGGCUUGACUUGCAGGUUAUAACAGUGCUUGGCUUGGAUGAAGGUGGUGCUGGGUUUCCAGUGGCAUACUGUAUUACCAAUCGCACGGACCAGAAAGCCAUGUGCAUCUUCUUUGCGGCAGUCAGGUCCAGGACAGGCCCGGUUGCAGCCAAAGCCUUCAUGACUGACGACGUACCUACAUUCAACAACGCUUGGCAAGAAGUGAUGGGGCAGCCUCAGCAACACCUCUUGUGUGCUUGGCACGUGGAUAAGAGCUUGCGGCAAACCAUUAAGAAGCACAUCCGGGACAAUAAACGGAAGGUCUUCGCUUACAAGGCCGUCAAGGGCAUCAUGGACGCUCCAGAUGAGGAGGCACUUGAAGUACGGAUCAAGGACUUCUUGCACUGGUCUGAUCUGGAAUCCAACGAAGAAGUAGGCGUCCUCGGUUUCAAGGAAUACUUUCUGCACCACUAUGCAGAGCGGGCCGAAAGCUGGGCAGCCUGUUUCAGGAAGGGUGCUGCGAACAAGAAGCACAUGCACCUUGAUGCAUUGCAUAAAGUACUCAAGCACUGGCACUCGCAAGAGAAAGCAGACAAAAGAGUAGACAAGCUGGUGUCGUCACUUCUAAAGGUGACAAGGGAUACAGUAUUCGAUCACCUGGCAAGAUUUGUCGGGAAUGCAGAAAGCGAAUUUGAGCGUGCCACACGAGCAAGACACACCAAGGGCCUAAACAUAGAACCCAAUCAAAUUGGCAUCUUGGCUUUCCGUCAGUGGGCAGUCAAUUCACAGACGUACGAUGCGACCACAUAUGCUGUGACCCUUGAACGCACAAAAUGCUGCGAUGCGUGCAGACUAGUGUGCACUGCGUGCAAAGUCUGCAUCCACAAUGUUACGUGCUCGUGUGCGGAUUACGAGCUGCGGAGAAACCUGUGUAAACACAUCCACGCUGUAUUCACAGGCAGACCCACAAACAGCUACAGUCCACACUCUGACGAAGGCGACGUGGACUCGACGGAUAUGCCGGACGAACCGCAGUGUGCGGACGUUGAAGUCGAAGAAUGUCCUGAUGUUGGAGCCAAUGUGGAAGUUUUGAUGGAUUUGAAGCAAGACGUGUCAGAUGUUCCAAAGCCUGCAACAAAGGGCGAGCAUUGUUAUUUCUGCAGUGCAUCGCCGAGCGAUGGGUCGGAUAUUUCAAACCGUACAACACGGGAGCAAGCGUUACGAUGCCUGAUUGACCACAACUACUGUUGGACACCUUACGGUGUGACGCAGACUGAGGAAACGACUCCUGCGACAGGGCAUUCUCAAGCUGUGCAGGCAAACUUUUUACUGAAGGCAAGGAAAACAAGAACGCUAGGAACGCAAACUUAGUCGUGGAGUUGGACCUCCAGAUGACGGGCUGUAGUCGACAUAUGAAAACGGGAUCACAGUCAGCAUAUGAAAAUACAUACCUCAUAUGGGACGUUGGCCUGGAAAAGAAGAGGAAACACAUAUUAUCCCGAAAAAUGUAUUAUACAGAAUCGUAUCAACGAGAUUACAUUGUAUAACCAGUGUCCAGUUUCUUGUGAGGGAGUUAUCUUGCAUGAUUAUCGGUCCGUAUGUUUCGCACAUGUACAGUACAGAGGAUAAUUCACUUUAUCUGGGUUCUUCAUAUUCAGGUUCAAGUGCAAUAGGUUUGAGAAUUGGCAUUUCGGCAUCGGCAGUUUCAAUGUUCAAAGUGAAGCAGCCAAACAUCAUUUGUAGGGGUGCCAAAAUCGCACCACUACACAGAACGUUAAUUCUUCGCAGGUCGAAGGAAGCCUUGGGUGUUGAGUGCUGGUCGCAUCAUAGGAUGCCAAGCCCAUCUUUCAAGGCAGCCGCACAGACAGCUAAACGCUUUUCUGAUGGUCGUGACUGACCAUGUAACUGAACAUGACCUUGACCGAACAUGUAACGACAAUGAAACACAGCUGACAAACACUGCACCACCAGAAUCCAGACAAACGUUUGCGAAUGACAGAACACAACAUGUGAGAGGGGCUUAUGGUAGCAGCUGAACUUUACGUCCUCGCCUUUCUAGACACUUCAAGAGCUGCAAUGUAUUGCAAACGACAGCGGUGUGAAUGCCCCCUUGUAGAGCAGACGCUGAAAAAAAGGUAUGUACUGUAAACGAUAAAGUAAACGAGAGUUUCCUUUCUUCGCUACACGACUACAACACUAAUUAGGAAUUUUGUCUUUGUUGAAUGAAACCAAACUCUGCCAUUUUAAUUAACAAGCGAUAUUUCUUUCCCGUGGUUCGUUCCCUUCUCACAUAGGCGCUCUUCAGUUGCCGCUCCCAUGAUUACCCUUGCUGAUGUCAGUUACAGUUUGUUCUGGACCGCUUUUCGCUCGAAGCUUCGAGACCCAUUUCCAUUUGGAGGGAUCUUGGUGUGUCAUUGUCAACUUCUUGUCUUGCGGCUGAGCCUGAGGAUGCCAGUCCGCCACAUUUUGAUAGAAAUUAAAUGCAGAAGGCCCUUGUACUACGCAUUGGGUGCCCAUUAAUAAACCACAGGUAGUCAAAAUUAAUCCAGAGUUCCACCACCACAGCGUGCCUCAUGAUCAUAUUGUUGUUUUGGCAUGUAAAACCCCAGAAUCUCUGUGUCACUUUCUCGUCUCAUUCGACUGUUUGUGCUGUUAAAUGUUCAUGAUCCUGAACCGACCAGGCCACAGACAAGCCAUAACAAUGUUCAAAAGCUAAUGAGCUUUAUGUGAUGUCUGUGCAGUAGCCUAGCGUGCAAUUCUGCAGGAUUGUAUUUUGACUGCGCUGCUAAGCUUGUUCUCUUGCGAAGUGCUACCUACUCCAUUGUGGUUACGAAGGAACUAGCGUGAAAGGCUGCCUGAUCAUUUGAACAGCAAGGCAGACUUUGCGGCUGCUGGAAAUUCUUCAGCAUAGUAACUCACAGCUUUAUGGAUUUUACAACAAACACAGUGUUGAUCACUUGGCACAAGUGCAGCUGGGAGAGGCAAGUAACGUUAUAGCUGCAGUUUCUUUUCUUUUUUUUUUUUGCUGAAAGGUCAGUUUGCUAGGUUGGUUUUUAUCAUGAAUGUGCAAGUGAAAAGUGACAUUAGAACAGAAUACUUCUGUUUGAACGAAAAGUAGAAACAGAGCAGUUCCCAGGCUAAUAAGUUUAGAAGCAGCACAUUCAUUUAGACGCAUAUGAUGGUAAAAUGAAUCGGGGAGCCGAAGUCCUGUGACAUCAUGAUCAUUUUCCUAACUGAUAGACAUGUAGGUGUAAAAAACCACGUGCCAUCUCAUGAACCGGAAACACAUUCAAGGUUUGAAAUAUUCCACGUCUCGAAGCAUGUUGCAAAGUGCACUUGGUUUAGCCCUUCAAUGGACAGCAUGACAAAUAUUUUUAACAGCAGCUUCGCUGCACCGUAGCAGUCAAAUAUGACUACUACUGCAUGUUUUUGUGUAGCUGCGUUUCUGCACUUCAUUUGAGAAUUUCUGUAGGCAAUUUAAUUUUUACAAUAAUGCGGGCAGCGGAACCACCAAUUGGUGCCCGCAGCAUUGCACAAUUUUUGAUGUGGCACGGUCGUGGCGCAACCUCCUUUUUUUUUGUUAGUCGGUGGCAACACUUGCAUUUGUCGCCGUGUUGCGUUAACCAGAUGUUUGCAGGAGCGCUGGCACUGCUGGCUUGCUUAUGCCUAGAGAUCCGGCAAGCACUUGGGCAUUGGAGAGGAGCAUGGUAGGUUAAACCAGAAUGAUUUACACUGAAAGCAUCAUUUACUUUGAAUUGUCAUGAAGAGAGGAGGGCCUUCAGACCUCUAAGCGAUUCAUUGAACUCAAGAUUGGUAGCAAAAACCUAGCCUGGACCACAGCUAAUGCUUAGAACAUUCACAUUAUACGCUUGUCACUGUUGUGUGAUUUUUUAACCUCACUCAUACACCAUGGUUAGAUGAGAAAUGCAUAUCCUUUGAGGCUUUCCAAGAAACAUCUGUUUUCUUAGAGCUCUUGCAAUAGUCAGAAGCCCUGGAACAUGAUGUCUGGUAUAUAGGGUGCGCAUAAACUCAGUGGAAACUUGUGCUGCUUGUAUGGUGUACUAUUGCAUGCUGCUUCAGAUCAGUGAUCUAGUGUAGAAGCAUGCUGCUCCUGAACACUUUACAGGCUGCCAUGAGGAGGUAUGGAAGUGGCCAGCGAAAGCAGAAGGCACAUAUUACAUAUGUCCCACUCAAUCAAAAUGACCUAGCCGGAUGGUGGGCCCCGCUUCUAUACAUUUUCCAGCUUUCCUGUCUGACUUGCGGAGCAAACCUGAUUGAGAAUGCAUUUGUGAUGCUUUACCCUAAAUGAAGACUUGCUAAUUGAUCAGUUACCCCUCUAAUUCAAUUAAUGUUUUAUUUGUGGUUAACCCUUUCGGGGUAGAUUUUUAUCGCCAUAUGCGACCGCCCAGGAUAAAUUUUUUUUAUUCCAGAUUCCAAUUCUUCAGAAGGACCUAUUUCGAAAAAAAUUUACCGUAAUUUUUCAAGGGUGACUGUAAAGUCAGAAAAAAUAUUUGUGUUGGUAUAUAUGUAUAAAAGGAAAUAAAGAAUUAAAAAUUUGA